AUGAAUCAUUCAUCAUGCUUGGAGGAUUACUCAUUCGGCCCGCAAACAUCGCCAGAAUGUCGCGACGGGCUGGACCUUACACUGGUCUUCGAGGAGAGUAUGUUGAGUCUCCUCCCCGCGGUGCUCAUGAUUGCAGCAUCAGCGGUCAAGGUCGCCUCCCUUCGAAAUGCUCGCAAAGUUGUGCUCGGGACCUCUUUUCAGGACACCAAAAUGAUGACCCUGAUUCUUCUUGUCGCUCUUCGCUUCGUUCUCUUGCUGCUAUGGAUCCUCCGAGCGCCGAUUAGGACCCAAACAUCAAUUGCUGCCGCGGCCGUUUACGUGGUCGAAUCACUGGCCUUUCUUGCUCUCUCCAAGGCAGAGCAUAACCAUGCCAUUCGCCCCAGCUCUCUCCUCAAUCUUUACCUUAUAUUUUCUAUCGGACUCGACUUUGUUAGGAUGAGAACCUUGGUAAAAAUGGACUUUGAUACAUUAAUUACUUCUCUAUCGGCUGCUGUUUUGGCAGCGAAGCUGAGUCUCUUAUUCGUCGAGGCACAGAACAAGGUAAUGUAUUUCUCAGCUGCAGAUACUGAUCGCCCGCCACAAGAAACUAGUGGGAUUCUCAGCAGAAGCGUGUUCUGGUGGAUCAAUUCUCUGUUCUUCCACGGACAUCGUGGUCUAUUGAAGUUGGAUGACCUGAUACAUCUUGAUGAGGAGCUCUCUUCUGAACAAACGCUAGCGAGGUUCGAGAUAAGCUGGUUGUCGAUGCCAAACGUCCACAGCUAUCGGCUGGCGAGGACAAUUGUCAUGUCACUGACAAAACUGUUCCUCCGGCCAGUGAUACCCAAUGUACUGUCUAUGGCCCUCACUUUCUCCCAGCCGUUCCUCGUCAGUGCCAUUCUAGACUUCAUCUCCUCGGACGACCCCGAAGAGCUUGGUCAACUCAUCGUCGUGGCCUAUGCGGUCGUGUAUAUCAGCAAGGCUAUAUUUUCCGCAUUUUACACGCACCAAUUGGAUAGGUUUGCUACGAUCCUCCGAGGAUGUCUCGUGAAUAUAAUCUACAACAAGACGCUAAAAAUAGACCUGAGAGAAGGUGCAAGCGGCGAGAGCUUAACAUUGAUGAGUGCUGAUGUCGAGCGCAUCGUGAAAGGAUUUGGGCUUAUUCAUGAGACAUCCUCUAAUGGAGUUAUGGCCCUCGUGGCUUUGGGUCUGUUAUACAGACAGCUAGGACUCACUUUCAUGGCACCGCUUAUAUUUUCAGCCAUUCUGUCCUUCGCAACUGGAGCGCAAUCUGGGCCCUACAUCAAACGACAAAAGGAGUGGCUCGAGGCAACAGAGGAAAGAGUCGGCCUGACAGCUUCCGUUAUUUCUUCUAUGAAGGGCGUCAAGAUUCUGGGAUUUGUUGAGAAAAUCCACGCCAAGAUUCGCGCCUUGCGCCACGAGGAAGUGAACAGGGCGAAGAAAGUGCGGGUUUUCAUGGCCCUCUUCGCAAUCUUGCAAACGCUAAGCCUCAGCGGAACGAGAUGGAUAACUUACACAGUCUUUGGCAUCGUCGCACUUCUCAAUCCGUCCAACAGCAGUUUUGGAGUCAACCGCUUGUUUACAUCGCUUGCCAUUCUCAACAUCUUCAUGGAACGACUCGAGAUAUUUUUGAGACAAAUGCCAGCGCUGGCUAGCGCUUUCGGUUGUCUUCGACGCAUUGAAGCGUUUCUCCUACUAGAGAUGAAAAGAGACGGCCGGAUAGAGGGUAGCAUAGGAAGCUUCGCUACAAGCUCAUCCAAUGACAACGAGCUCCAGACCCUUUUGCCUCGUCACAUCGCCGUCAAGAUUGAUGACUUGAGCGUUGGAUGGAAUGGGGAAAGUCCCACACUCACCGGACUAUCAAUAGAUAUCAAGAGAGGUUCCUUUACAAUGAUAAUAGGCCCUGUUGGAAGCGGAAAGUCGACUCUUAUAAACGCACUUCUUGGAGAAACGGUUACGCACAAGGGAUCGAUCAAGCUACCAGUAAAUGUGAAUGGGUCAAUUGCAUACUGCGCCCAAACUCCCUGGCUGGUUAACAAAUCAAUUCAAGAGAAUGUACUUGGAAAUAAUUUGUUUGAUGCUUCAUGGUACAGUAAGGUCAUCAGAGCUUGCGCCUUACUCGAAGAUUUGAAAAACUACCCCUCCGGAGAUCGAACCCUGGUGGGUUCAAAGGGCAUAACCCUCUCUGGAGGACAGAAGCAGCGCAUUGCUUUAGCAAGAGCUGUGUACUCACGGGCGCCGAUUCUUAUCUUGGACGACAUCUUUAGCGGACUGGAUCCAAUGACGGAAGAGAUCAUAUUCCAAAGUCUUCUAGGAGAAAGGGGACUGCUGAAAAGUACUCUCCAAACAGUAAUACUCGCAACGCACGCAGUGCAUCUUCUCCCUUCUGCAGACUCCGUCAUACUCCUUGGGGAUGCAGGCGAUGUAGUCUACCAAGGUCAACGCGAAAGCCUUCCCAUGGAGUUGGUAUCGCAGAGAGACUUGGGAGAUAUCCCAGAAUCCGAAUAUCCAGACCGUGAUACCACGGCUAGGCGCGUUGAGGAUGCCAAGGAGGCCGAGUUCACUCCGGUAUUUCAUCAAACAGUCAUGGCCCAGGAUGCUUCCGCCAGUGACAUCUCCAGGCAGACUGGUGAUAAAACUAUCUGGAAGUACUACCUUAAAACAGCCGGGUACAAACACUCAAUAUUUUUCGCUGUCCUUGGAGCAAUAUGCAUGGGUUUUACUCCCGCGCAAAGUCUAUGGCUGAAUACUUGGGCGAACGACACUGAUAAUAGCAAGAUCCGAUACUAUAUUGGAGUAUAUACCGUGUUCUUUGUUGGAGAGAUUGCGCUCACCUUACUCUGGAUCUGGCAUGUCUUAAUCUUCCCACUCUCCGCUUCGUCUAUCAGACUCCAUGACAUUCAACUGGAGGCUCUCAUGGGCGCGACAAUGACUUUCUUCAGCAAUACGGAUACGGGAGUGACCACAAACAGGUUCAGUCAAGACCUUAGUCUUGUGGAUAGCGAACUUCCUCUGGCCUUGAUAGACAUGGUCGAGUACGUGUACAAUUGCCUGUACAAAAUCGUUCUCAUUGCUAUUGCCACGGUAUAUAUCUUGCCAAUUUUCCCCGUCAUGCUCGUUGCAUUCUGGAUGAUCCAGCGCUUCUACCUGCGGACCUCCCGGCAAAUCCGAUAUCUUGAUCUGGAGACCAAGGCACCUCUAUACACGCAUUUCAUCGAGACCUUGUCAGGCUUGGCCACUGUGAGGGCAUUUGGAUGGGAGGAAGGGUUUGAACACCAGAACCGCGCGGGUCUCAACAACUCCCAGCGACCAUUUUUCGUACUCGCUACAAUUCAACGUUGGCUCAACUUAGUGCUUGAUUUGAUGGUCUCCGUGAUGGGUAUCGUCGUGGCGAUUGCGGCCGUGGGGCUUCGAGGGACAAUCAAUCCAGGGUUUUUGGGUUUGGCAUUAGUCAAUGUGAUGACUCUAGGAACCUCUCUGAAAUCACUUGUCUCCUUUUGGGCGUCCUUGGAGACUUCCAUCGGGGCCAUUUCUCGGAUCAGAUCGUUUUCUGAGACACCUUCCGAGGAUCCUGACCAUUUGCCCAAAGCUUCAGAAGGAUGGGUGCGUUCUGGAGGUAUUGAGAUAAAAGGCGUCACAGCAAGUCACUCCGUGGAAUCAGGAGCUGUGAUUCGAGACGUUACUCUAUCAAUUGCUCCCGGAGAGCAUAUUGGCAUCUGUGGGCGCAGCGGGAGUGGAAAGAGCUCACUUCUGAGCCUCCUCUUUCGUGUCUUGGAUGCCAGCAGUGGAUCCGUCUGCAUUGAUGGUGUCGACAUAUCUACUAUCUAUAUCAAUCAGGUCCGCGCCAGCAUUAACGCAUUAUCGCAGGAGCCCUUCUUUUUACGCGGCUCGAUUAGAGAUAACCUCACCGUGGCGGCAUCUGCGGCUGAUUAUGACGAGCAGCGCUUGCAGCAUAUCUUACAGAGGGUAGGCCUCUGGUCUAAAGUGGUGGGCCUUGGAGGUUUGGAUACUUUACUCGACCCCGAGGAAGCAUUAAGCCAUGGAGAGAGGCAAUUGUUCUGCCUCGCGAGAGCCAUGAUAAACCCUAGCCGUAUACUUAUCCUCGAUGAAUUUACUAGCAAUGUCGAUGUGGAAACGGACCGGUUGUUACAGAAGAUCAUCCGUGAAGAUUUCAAGGACCGAACUAUUCUAGCUGUAUCGCAUAGACUCGAGACUAUUGCGGAUUUUGAUAGAAUUGUGGUUCUCGACAAGGGGCGUAUCGUAGAGCAAGGAGCGCCUGAAGCCUUGUUGUCGGAUAGACAAUCUGUAUUUAGGGCACUCUAUGAAGCGUCAGGCUAA